CCAGUCCGCUUUCGGUUUGGCCAUCGCGAAUACCAGCGCGUCGAGCUCAGUAAGAGCGCAGCGUUCACGACGUGCGCUUCGCUCGAAAACGGCCGAUCACGCGGUCAUCGUCCUCCAACUCGUCGACUAAAGUUUCCAAAGAGACAGAGGAACUCAUCUAUCCGCGUCGCGCAUGUAGCCCCCGUAAUCCUGGAUCUUGAAGAAAAAAAAAACAUCGUAAAAGGACAAACGAGGAGUCUGGUAACUGGAUAACGAAUCCGGGAUAGACCGGGUCGGAAGGAAUGAGUCCAAAUAAUUCGGUGGAUCCACGAGAGAAAAGCUCGAUGCUGAAGAACUUACGCAACCGGUAAACUCUAGUUCGUGGAUGCGUGACUGCAAGGAUGCGCGCACGCAGGAGACGGUGCAUGAUAUCCCGGUGACGACGAUCAAAAUUACACGACGUACACGCGCGCGAGCGGACACGCACGAAUCCACGCGAGGGACCAGAGACAACCGCCGAUGAGGCUGGGCCCGAUCAUCCUGUCGUGGGCCACAAUCACGGCCAGCUGGCCGGGCCCGACGACGGCGCGAACCCCACGUUCCCGGGACUACGAGCUCUCGACGGAGUUCUUCCUGGUGCCGUCCGAGAUCGGGCAACAUGGCCUGGCGAGCGUGGCGAGCGUCAUCAGCGUGCCUGCGCCCAAUCGGACCAUCACCGUCUUCAGAUCACCCUCGCCAGGAGUCAAGAAGGGCCAGGAGGUGGAGGUACGACCGACCCCGAAGUCCCUGCUGAAGCAACGACCCUGGGCACUGCCGCUCGCCGCGUUGAGCGCCGCGGCGAUGCUCCUCAUGGCCAGUUUCGAGGUCUUUGUGUUGUUCAAGGCCAGAACAACGGCGCCCAACAGACGACAUUUAUUUCUGGGCCAGACGCUACUUCUGGGCCUCUUUCUCUUGGCGGGCCUUUCGGCUGCAGCUUCCCUCAGCCAAAAUCCGCUGUCUUGCGCCGCAUUCCGGUUGGUGGGUCUACCCGCCGCCCUCGUGUUCGCCGCCCUGCUGGUGAAAUGCGUCUUCCUGCUCUCGUUGAACAGCGGUGUCUAUCUGCCGGCGCCUUAUCAGGCGCUGGUGCUGGCGUUUGCAGUGUUGGUGCAGGUGGCCAUUGUCGGGCAAUGGUUUUACGGCGAACCACCUGCGGUGAUCCAGGUGCAGCAACAGCAGCAAGCGGGCCAAAGCUCGCCAGCGUCCACCUCCUGCAAGACUCCACUCGGACAGAUAGUGGCUUCCCUCGGGUAUCCCGGAGCACUCCUGGUGGCAGUAGCUUGCCUGGCUGUCCGGGCACGCGGUGUUCGGGACAAUAAUCGAGAAGCGGCUUUCAUCGGUCUGGCGGUUGGCCUCUCGCUACCGAUUUGGGUCUCCAGCGCGAUCGGUUCGCUCGCUGCCGGCAGCGAGGACGAUCGAGAGGCCUGGCUGGCUUACGGCCUCCUGGCCACGUCGCUCUUCGUCUUCCUCACGAUGUUCCUGCCGAAGGGACGCCAACUGGCCGCUCUAGGUCGCGAGGGUCCUGCCGCUGUCAUUCGCGAUCGUGACGAUGCCCUCAGCUCGCUUCCCGGCAGCGGCUACUCGCCCUCCUUCUUCCACUUCAAGCCCGCGGAGGCGUCUUUGAAGAGGAAGCUGCAUUAUCAUAGUGCUGAUCGAGUCGCACUGGUCUCGUCCGGGAUACCCGGAUGCAGCGCCUGCAGGCACGGAGGAAGUCCUAUAUACUCGGACGAUGUACAUGGACCGAUGGAGACGUUCGUUUUGCCACCCGGUAUGUACUUGAGGCCGGAGGAUGCCGGAAAUCUCUACACGACCUUGUCGGCCAAUCCCAAUGUGUUCUUUCAGAGGGCGGCUCAUCCCGGAAUGAUGUAUUGAUAAGACGACUCUUAUUGUCGAUGAUGAUAAUAAGUCUCGUUUUUUGUAGAUUGCGAUGCGAUGAACAAUUAUUUUCUCAUUGCUCUGUAAAUAAUUCAUUACAAUAUAUACCAUUAUUCAACUUGAGUGCCUCAAGAGAGAAAGAGAAGAAGCGAUAAAUACCUAUUAUGAAAGUUUUAUAACACAGAUGACUAUCGCGAGAAUGAACAUAUGCGAUUCAUCGUGAAUAAUUAAUGAAUCUAACUUUGUGAAUCAUUGAUCAUCUCAAAAAGCUGAAAGUUAUUUCCAGAUUAAUGUAAUAAACGUAUGA